AUCCGAGGAUCCUAGACAUGGAGGUACGUUGACCGUCACUUGAAGGGAAGCUAGACCGCCUACGACGAAAGAUCGAAAGAAUCAUUGGCCCAGCCCGCCUGUCUACUAUGUACCUGUUGCCGGCUAUGACCCGUAUUACAACGGUUCGCCCGCAGGCCCGGAUCCGGCAGCCUCCCCUUCGUCUUUAACAUGCUGCCAUUUGUGGAGACUUGGCAACCCCAAUCCCAGCAAAGACCCAAGUCCGGGUCUUCAAGUCCCAUAUCGCAACGGGUACAACCUUCAGAAACACGUACGCAGCAGCGACGAUGGUCUAUGGACGCGGCCUCGGGCUUGAGACCAACCUCUUUUUGUUCAGGUCUUUGUAUCCAACACACACCUUCUCCACCCCCUUGCCUCCCUCAGAGAGACGGCACAUACGCAUAUACUGGGGGCUUUGCCUCACAUGAACUCCACCUGCAAUAGUGCAUUGUGUAUUAUAUUGAAAGAGAGUUAGGCUAAAUACGUUUGGGUGGUAUGACCCUUAAUCAAAUGGACAAUUAGAAUGAAUGGAUUGUAGAAGCGCACGAAGCGCUCCCGUCGCAUCGAGGUCGCCGGUCAAGGCUAAUUAAU